GCAUGGGUUUCCAUUGUGCGACCACGCACGCGCCAUUUGAUUUUGCUGUUGACCCUUGCACGUAAUCCUAUGUCUGCUGUGCUCUUGUGCGCUGCACGCAAUCCUACAGCCACGAGCGAGAAAUGGCGCCACGAGCCAGGUCCAGCCUUUCAGAGGAAGCACCAGCUGCACAAAAGAACGUUCGGAGCUCCGCGCUCCGAAAGAAAGUUCUCAUGUUGCCUGCUCUUCGUCGAGGCUUGUUUUAAACCUGCGGCGCACGUCGAGGGGGACCAGCAAAACCCGACGGGCGACACGACGUUGCCGCCCGGCCCUCUGGCUCGGGCAGUCUGCGCUGCCAGGCCGCGCGGCCUCAGGAGGAGGGGAAGAAGAGGACGGGAACAGGCGUGCUACAGAAGCCGACGUCGCGCAGACAAUCACAUAACGGGCGAUAAAAAGUUGCCGCCAGCCCUCACGGGUUCUCUAUGUGCGCUGCAGCUGCUGGACCACUAAGAGGUGUUCACCGAAGGAAGCACAAAAACCAGACCGUCUACCACCCACAAGUAUCAACCACAUGCUGCCGCUUGACUUCACAGUUCCUUCUUCUGCUUCUUUUUUUUUUUCGCACCACCGACGGUGACCUCCUGCUGUUGCGGUGACUCGCCGGUAACGAUUGUCUUGAUCCUCUUUGAAUCCGAAGUGGCCCCCUCACGGACAAUCCAAGUUUGCUCCGACAGAGUAAAAAAGUGCUUUUCUCCACCUGGUGGUACCUCUGAUGUUUCACCAAAAUGCCUUUCCUCUCCCUGCUGUGGCCCAUCCGGGACGAGCCAGAAACAAUGCACUGUGGACUCGCCGGCGUUUUUGAUUACGAGCUUUAUGUGCUCGUCAAUCUCGGGGGUAACAGUCUUCUUCCCACCGAAUGGGUGGCCCAUUGCGGCUAACUGUUCUUCUGUGUAAUCAUCGUUGUUCACCUGUUCCCCGUCGGCACCCGAAUUUGCGUCGACGUCCCCGACGUCCCAUGCACCCGCUGCAAAGACGAGACACCAGGGAAAGAAAAGAGAUCGCAUUGCGACCAGCCUUGGUCGAAGAUUUGCCCUAUCACGCCUGGAGCCGAAAUGGCU